AUGGAAGAUAAGAAUCAGACAACAGUGACUGAAUUCCGUUUCCUGGGCCUCACAGGUCAACUCCGUCAGGAGAUCAUUCUCUUCAUCAUGUCUCUCUCUGUGUACCUGGUCACACUGUGGGCUAACCUGGGAAUGAUCACCCUAAUAUGGACUGACUCCAGACUUCACACUCCUAUGUACUUUUUUCUUAGCCACUUGUCCUUUGUAGAUAUUUGCUCAUCUUCUUCUAUUGCCCCCAAAAUGCUGUGUGAUAUCUUUGUGGAGAAAAAAGGCAUCUCUUUUCUAGGUUGCGCUGCACAGAUGUGGUUCUUUGGACUCUUUGUGGCAAUGGAAUGUUUUCUCCUGGCUUCCAUGGCAUACGAUAGGUAUGUGGCCAUCUGCAAGCCUUUGCUAUACACACUCAUUAUGUCCCAGCCGGUCUGUGUGCAGCUGGUGGUAGGGCCUUAUGCCAUGGCUCUUAUUAGCACCAUGACCCAUACCACAUUGACGUUUUGCUUACCUUUCUGUGGUCCAAAUGUCAUCAAUCACUUCUUCUGUGACAUUUUCCCACUGCUUUCUCUGGCAUGUGUAGAUACCUGGAACAAUAAGUUGGUGUUUUGCAUCUUGGCUGGAGCUGUCGGAGUACUUAGUGGCCUGAUCAUUACAGCCUCCUAUGUUUGUAUCCUGUUGACCAUCUUGCAGAUGAAGUCUGCCGAUGGGAGGCAGAAAGCCUUCUCCACUUGCUCUUCCCACUUGGCAGUCGUGUCUAUCCUAUAUGGGACGCUUUUCUUUAUUUAUGUUCGGCCUAACUCAAGUUCCUCCCUGGGUCUCAAUAAAGUGGUAUCCCUGUUUUACACUGUGGUGAUCCCCAUGUUGAACCCCCUUGUCUACAGUCUGAGAAAUAAGGAGGUGAAAGAUGCAUUCAGGAGGAAGUUUGAAAGAAAAACCUUGUCUGAAAGGUAG